AUGGCGGCUCCGCUGGCAUUCAACGGUGUGAUGUGGGGCGCCGACAAGGUGCCCGACCACUGGUUUGAGAAAAUACCCGGUGGUUUCUUCGGAUCUGGAUCGAAGAAUCGAUCUCAAGUCGAUGAGAAGUCGGCAAAGUCCUCCAAGAAGAAGGGCAGCAUGAAGAAAAGCCGGAGCAGUCGCCGAUACAGCGACGACGAGUACGACGAUGACCGAUCGCGUAGAAGUGAUUACGACGACGGAUAUCGUUCUGAUGGACACCGCGAUCACGGUCAUCGCCGUUCUGGCCAAGGUGAUGGACACACGCGAUUUGACGGCGGCAACGACGGUGGAUUCGACGAGAUCAACAAUCGGCCUCGACGACAGCGUAGCAGGGCUGGUAGACGUGACUCGGAUGAUCGGUAUGGUUAUGGUGACGGCCAUAGACCUCCCUUCCGCGACACCAACCCACGCCAACCCCGUCCGCCAAAGGAAGCUCCAUAUCCUACAAGCCCACGGAUGCAAGGACCGCUCGACCGACCACCAAUGGGCUACUACGCAGCUCCUGCAGCAAUGGGAGGUGCAGCUACUGUGAGUUCAUCAUCUGCAUACGGCUCGCCUGCACCAGGCCCACAUCGUGGCGCACAAUCGACUUCGAGUUUGCGGGGUGGCAUCUCCACCGGUUACGUGCCAUACGCCCACAUCUACGGUGGCCCGAAGCAUCCCCCAGACCAACAGGAAGACUUUGUUCCGCCACCGCAGUCCGAACAAGGCUCUGUUCAACCCAACUCCACGAAUCAGAUCUUCUCGCCAUCAGGAUCGCGGCCACCAGUCCAGCGUCCUCCAGCUGGAUACCAGCAAAACCCACUUGCGCAGGAAGCUCCCGCAGGAAACCAGCCUGGUUAUCUGGUGGAUCCCAAUCACAACACUCAUCAUGUUGAUGAUCGCCAGAGUGGGUAUGAUGAUGAGAACGUGCGGCGGGGRUCACGCUCUCCCCCUCGUCGGAGAGCUUCAAGACGUGAAUCAUCCCGGGAGAGACAAGAGUCUCCCUCACAUCGGAGAGCUGCUAGACGCGAGCACUCCUGGGAGAGGCACGAGUCUCCGGAAAGUCGCAGUGGCAGACGCUCUGGACAGAGAGAGCGUAGCAGACACGGCGAUCGGGGCAAGUCGCGCGGUUCAGCUAGGGAGAGUCAGAUUCGAGGCGUAGACGCGCGUCCGAGCAUCAUGGCAAAGAUGGCUWCUAUUCAGACUAGAAGUGCCCAUGCCUGA